AGACAGACAGACAGAGACAGAGACAGAGACAGAGAGAAAAAUGUAGAGAGAGAGAAAGAGAAAGAAAGAAGAAGAGACAGAGACCCAACAAGACAUCGCUGUCCAACCUCUGCGAUGCAUGCCCUUCCUUCCUACUUCCUAGCUUAAAUUCACUCCUUAAAUAUAUAUAUAUAUAUAUCUUAUGUUAUGUACUCUCUUUCUCUCUCUCACUCUCACAGUCACAGACACAGAGACACUACUGUAUCAUCUUUACUCUCUUUCUCUCUCUGACCAAAAAAUCGGGGCUCCGAGCCCCGAACCCAGGGAGAAAUGUAUUCGGCCAUUCACUCGCUCCCACUGGAUGUGCAGGGAUCUCUGGACGGUACGAACCUACCGGGUGAUGCUUGCUUGGUUCUCACUUCGGAUCCAAAGCCCCGACUCCGUUGGACUGCGGAGCUCCACGAGAGGUUCGUCGACGCUGUGACCCAGCUCGGCGGCCCUGACAAAGCAACACCUAAGACUAUUAUGAGAACAAUGGGAGUUAAAGGGCUCACCCUAUAUCACUUGAAAUCACAUCUUCAGAAGUAUCGCUUAGGGAAGCAAUCUUGCAAGGAGUCAACUGAAAGCUCUAAGGAUGCUUCGUGCAUUGCAGAGAGUCAGGACACUGGUUCAUCAUCACCAUCAUCAAGAAUGAUGGCACAAGAUCUGAAUGAUGGUUAUCAAGUUACUGAGGCAUUGCGAGUACAAAUGGAAGUCCAACGAAGACUGCAUGAGCAGCUCGAGGUGCAGCGCCGUCUACAACUCCGGAUUGAAGCUCAAGGCAAAUACCUGCAGUCAAUACUUGAGAAGGCUUGUAAAGCCCUGAACGACCAGGCUGCUGCAACUGCUGGGCUUGAAGCUGCUAGAGAAGAGCUCUCUGAACUGGCAAUUAAGGUUUCCAAUGAAUGUCAAGGAUUGGCUCCCCUUGAAACCAUAAAAGUGCCCUCAUUGUGUGACAUUGCUGCAGCCUUAGAGAACAGUAACGCUUCCAACCUGCCAGCUCGCAUUGGUGACUGCUCUGUUGAAAGCUGCUUGACAUCAACUGGAAGCCCAGUUUCUCCAAUGGGUAUGGGUUCGCAGGCUGCUGCCUUGAAGAAGAGACCAAGGACCUUUUUUGGCAAUGGAGAUUCGUUGCCCUUGGAGGGUAACAUGCGGCAAGAUGUAGAAUGGAUGAUGGCUAAUAUUGGAUGAAUUGUAGGACAUUUCCUUAUUGAAAUGGAAACCUUUUAUUAUUUGUCUAGUUGAUCCACACGUUCCAGCCUCUGUUAACUGUAUCAUCAGUGGUCUGUAUAUUCUUUAAGCAGAUCUUUUGAAUGUGGGAAAUGCCUUUUUUUUUAGUUGGAAA